UGUUCCACUGCAUACACCUAGACGGCGUUAUCUCUCUACUCUUUUCAUUAAGUAAUUGAAGCGAACACCUAGACGGCGUUACGAUGCACGUCGCGCGAACCUAAACCUGGCUUCCUUCCAGCGAGGUCCACCCGCUCGAGCUCUCUUGCCGCCGCCCCGGCGGAGGUUUUGUCGUCCUCAGACGUCGGCACGGGCGGGGGUCUACAUCCUGCCGGAGAUCAACUCCCGGUUCGUCCGCCUGGCCGCCAGCCGCAGUUCCACAAGGGGCUCCGCGUCACCGACGCCCUCGCCACGGAAGUUGUGGUGACGAUCCUCGUCCGCAAGGUCAACAAAUCCUUGUUUCUCUCAUCAACAGCGGCAAGGACUAGGGAGUCAGUAUUGAUGGCCAGGUUCCGCACUCUCUGCGUCUUGGGGUUCUGACAGAUGAGGGCGCAGGGAUGAUGAUCACUGGGUGAUUGAUGAUGCCAAUCAUGAAAGGCUUGAGGUGGUGAUGCUGCUGUUAGUGAAGUGUGGGCGCCGCAACAAGGCGAUGUGGAACCAAACGAGGCAUCAACAGGAAAUGGUUCCGCGGAUUCCAAGGUUGGCAUCACUCGGAGCACAGCAAGAGCAAGGAAGAUUCCGCAGCAUCACGAGGUUCCUCUGCUUGGCGUCGUCUGUCUUCCGGUGAUCACAAGGGGCAGGCGCGGUGCAAAUUGAAUGCGGGGUGACGACAAUGGUUCCGCCGCCAUCCUCGUCUUGGUUGUUGUCGACGACUCCGUCGACAUCAUCAUGAUAAUAAAGAUUAGAGACGAAAUGGACGCACUGCGAAUGGCUCUGCUCUUUUCCCCACCGGACACUGCUCUCAUUCUUUGCCUCCAACUUGAUCUUGACACCACCAAGGAGGGUAUGCGUCCAAGGAGCGGGCUCCACGGUUUGGCAAUUUGCCGGCACCGCGUCGGAGGCCCUAUUCCCACCAAGGACGGCACGUACGAGUGCUCUGUGUCUUUUGCUCCGUCUCUUUCUUCUGUCAUGCCCGGUUUGUGUCUUUUCCAACAUAAACAGUGAAUGCAUACAGAAGCGCCACCUUCUUCCUUUUGCCGAACACUGUUCCUCCGCACCCGGUGAUUUACACCGAUGGACGUGACCUCACUGGCAUAACCACUCUUAUAAUAACAGUCCCAGUGGAUGGCACCUCGCUUAUCUCCGAAACCUGCAACAUCAUGCAAGCCUUUCCAGUCCACCGCCUGCAGCCGCUGCCUCCGUCGACCAAGCUCCUGCCCUUGCCCACCACCGCCUCUGCCCAUCGCACCAUCCCCUUUGUCUCCUCUGCGGCGGCAUCUUCUCCCUCCACCUCCCAGCUCGCCGGCUCUGCCACGGCCCCGGACUCGCCCACCGCGGCAUUCUGGGACUACCAGCUGCUCUUCGCCUCCCAGCGGUCGGAGACAGCCGAGCCGGUGCUCCUCCGGGUGGCCCACGGCUCGGUCCCGGUCGACUUCCCUCGGGGCACGUACUACCUGGCUGGCCCGGGCAUAUUCUCCGACGACCACGGGUCGACCGUAAACCCGCUGGACGGCCACGGGUACCUCCGCGCCUUCGACUUCCGCGGCAGCAGCGAUGAGGUCUGGUACUCGGCGCGCUACGUGGCGACGCCGGCGCAGCGGGAGGAGCGGGAGGCGGCGACUGGCCGGUGGCGGUUCACGCACCGGGGGCCCUUCUCGGUGCUGCGGGGCGGCAGGCGGGUGGGGAACCUGAAGGUGAUGAAGAACGUGGCUAACACCUCGGUCCUCAAGUGGGGCCCUAGGCUGAUGUGCCUGUGGGAGGGCGGGGACCCAUACGAGAUCGAUCCCGCGUCGUUGGAUACGGUGGGGCUGGUCGACCUCGUCGGGAGUGGUCAUGGCGAUCGACGGCAGACGGAUGGAGGCAGCCGCGGUCGAGCAGUGGACGUCGCCGCACACUUGUUGAAGCCCAUAUUGCGAGGAGUGUUUAAGAUGCCUCCAAAGAGGCUGCUGGCUCACUACAAGAUAGAUGCCAAGCGGAACAGGCUGCUGAUGGUCUCCUGCAACGCUGAAGACAUGCUCCUUCCUCGCUCCACCUUCACUUUCUACGAGUUUGACUAUAACUAUGAGCUGAAGCAGAAGAAAGAGUUCGUCAUCCCUGAUCACCUGAUGAUCCAUGAUUGGGCCUUCACUGACAGUCACUAUGUCCUCCUUGGAAACCGCAUCAAGCUUGAUAUCCCUGGAUCGUUACUAGCAGUGUCAGGCCUACACCCAAUGAUAUCAGCACUUGCAGUGAACCCCAGCCAACCCUCAACACCAAUUUAUGUGCUGCCCCGUUUCUCCCAGAGUCCCAUCCGAGGCAGGAACUGGCUUGUGCCCAUACAAGCUCCAUCCCAGAAAUGGGCACUGCACACAGGGAAUGCAUUCGAGGAAAGGGAUGGAAAUGGGAACUUGAAGAUCCAGCUCCAAGCCUCGGUAUGCUCCUACCAGUGGUUGAAUUUCCACAAGAUGUUCGGAUACAACUGGCGUACAGGAAAGCUUGACCCUUCUUUCAUGAACCUGGUUGAUGGAAGGGAGGCUAUGCUGCCCCACCUGAUUCAGGUGAGUUUGGAAGCCCGUGAAGCUAAUACCAUGUAUCGCAGAACGAAUGACGCAUGCAUGCACUUCCAGGUAUCGAUUGAGUUGGACGCAAAAGGGACUUGCUAUGGAUGCUCCAUGGCAAAUCUCUCGAACAUAUGGAAUAGACCUGCAGACUUCCCGGCGAUCAAUCCAUACUUCUCCGGUCAGAAGAACACUUAUGUUUAUGUGGGCUCCAGUUCUGGAACCCGGAGAUUCUUGCCUCGCUUUCCCUUUGACAGCAUAGUUAAGCUGGACUUAUCCGAUGGAUCAGCAAAGUCAUGGUCUACCGGCGACCGGAUGUUCGUCGGCGAGCCAAUUUUUGUUCCCAAAGGCACAGAGGAAGAUGAUGGUUACGUUCUCGUUGUUGAGUAUGCUGUCGCAAAGCAAAUGUGUUACCUCGUCAUACUGGAUGCUAGAAGAAUAGGGGAAGCCGAAGCAGUCGUAGCAAAGCUCGAAGUGCCAAAACACCUGACCUUUCCUAUCGGCUUCCAUGGAUUUUGGUCUACCAAAUGACAGCAGAAGCUGCAACAUAUGAGCCUUCAUUUCAAGCAGAGCCUAAUGGCUUCCACCAAUUGUCCACUUCCACAGUCAAUUCUGUGAUCCAAGUAACAGCUCCAUGAAUACACUAACAUGUAUUUGUUGUCGAUGAUAUCUGACCAUGUAGUUUAUCUCAUCCUAUCAAUAAUAUGAGAUGAAUUUAUUCUGUUUCUUCAUGUUUUC